UAUCAGCGAGCCGCAUUCACCGCGCUCGACGGUCGUGAGAACGUGUUAUUACAAUUUUUUAAUGUUUUUAUAGUAUCUAUAUCGGCGCGUCAUUGCUGUACAACGUGCCUACUUACGUUUUCGGAUUCUCCCGUCUGUAGACAUUAUUUUUCAAUGGAAAUUUGUUCUCACUCGUAUUUUACGUCUCUGUGAUUAUCUAUCCGUUGAUUGCAUCUCAUUGUGAAACCUCAAGCUCGUGUUUGCUAUAUACGAAACUUACCAUAACAUUUGGUUGAAUUUAAAUGGUAUUGUAAAAUUGACUAGAUAACCAUGGCUGCACAACAGUUCUAUACAGUCACUGCUCAUAAGCCCACUGCGGUCGUCACUAGCAUCUCUGCUAAUUUCACAUCACCAACAGAUCGUAAUCUACUCGUUGCAAGAUUUAAUCGAAUAGAUAUCUCUUUAGUGACAGAAGAAGGUUUGCAGCCUAUUAAAGAAAUAGCCUUGUAUGGAAAAAUUGAAAUAAUGAAAGUUUUUAGACCUAAAAAUAAAGAUAAAGACUUAUUAUUUGUUGUGACUGCUCGAUAUAAUACUAUGAUAUUAGAAUGUAUUCAAACAGAAAGUGGUGAUAUUGAAAUUAUUACAAGGGCUCAUGGUAAUAUUUCUGAUAGAGUUGGAAAAAUAUCUGAGAUUGGUGCCAUGGCUGUUAUUGAUCCUAGUGCUAGAGUAAUUGGUUUAAAAUUAUAUGAUGGAUUGUUUAAAAUCAUACCAUUAGAUAAAGAAGGCGAACUUAAAGCUUAUUGUUUAAGAAUGGAAGAAAUAGAAGUACAAGAUAUUGAUUUUCUAUAUGGUUGUGCCAAUCCUACUAUUAUAAUAAUUCAUCAGGAUACUAUGGGUCGACACAUUAAAGCUAAAGAAUUAUCUAUUAAAGACAAAGAGUUUGUGAAGACUCCUUGGAAACAAGAAAAUGUUGAAACUGAAGCUUCAAUGAUAAUUCCUGUUCCAGAACCUCUCUGUGGUGCCAUUAUUAUUGGACGUGAAUCAGUUUUGUACCAUAAUGGUUCUUUUUUUAUUGCUAUUUCUCCCCCUGUUAUAAAACAAAGUACAAUAGUGUGUUAUGCUAGAAUUGAUUCUGAAGGUACAAGAUAUUUACUUGGAGAUAUGGCUGGUCAUUUGUUCAUGUUAUUAUUAAACUAUGAAAAAAAUCCUGAUGGAACAUUCAAAAUUAAAGACCCAAAAGUUGAUUUAUUGGGAGAAAUUAGUAUACCUGAGUCACUUACAUACUUAGAUAACAAAAUAAUAUAUGUUGCAUCACGAGUAGGUGAUUCUCAACUCAUUAAACUUAAUAAGAAGCCUGAUCAAUUUGGAUCACAUAUAACAGUGUUAGAUACAUUUAUGAACUUAGGACCUAUUGUUGAUAUGUGUGUAAUAGAUUUAGAAAGACAGGGCCAAGGACAAGUUGUUACUUGCUCAGGAGCAUAUAAAGAAGGAUCACUGAGAAUAAUACGUAAUGGAAUAGGAAUCCAAGAGGUAGCAACAAUUGAUUUAGUUGGAAUUAAAGGAAUGUGGCCUUUAAGUGUAGCUACUGAUAGUAUUUUAGAUGACACAUUGGUUUUAUCUUUUGUUGGACAUAGCCGAGUGUUGGCAUAUAAUGGUGAAGAAGUAGAAGAAAUAGAUUUAGAAGGUUUCCAAUCUGAAUUACAAACAUUUUACUGUGGUAAUACAUCAGAUAAUAAAAUGGUUCAAAUAACAUCUGCGAGUGUUCGACUAAUUUGUUUGGAAACUAAGCGUCUAGUUAGUGAAUGGAAUUCACCUGCUGGUAUUAAUGUAGUCUCAUGUAAUGGUCAGCAAGCGAUUUGUGCUUCAGGCAAUAGCCUGUAUUAUAUAGAAAUUCAAGCUGACAAAGUUGUUCAAAAUGGGUUUAUUACAUUAGAGCAUGAAGUAUCUUGCCUCGAUGUUUGUUCAUUUAAAGAUGAGUUUGGAAAAACUUCUAGUUUAGUAGCUGUUGGAUUAUGGAUGGAUAUAUCUGUAAAAGUACUUCAACUUCCAGAUUUUGUUGAAUUAGUUCGAGAACCUUUAGGCGAAGAAAUUAUACCUCGGUCAAUAUUAAUGGUAACUUUUGAAAAUACUCAUUAUUUAUUAUGUGCAUUGGGAGAUGGCAGCUUAUGUUAUUUCCAUUUAAAUCCUGAAAAUGGUGUAUUAAGUGAUAAGCGUAAGGUCAAUCUUGGUACACAGCCAACACUAAUCCGAAAAUUCCAAUCACUUUCUACUACCAGUGUAUUUGCAUGUUCUGAUCACCCAACUGUUAUUUAUUCAUCAAAUAAUAAAUUGAUAUUCUCAAAUGUUAAUUUGCGCAAAGUAAAUCAUAUGUGUUCACUUAACACUAAAAGUUAUCCAGACAGUUUGGCUAUGGCUACUGACAAUGCUAUUAUUAUUGGCACAAUUGAUGAGAUGCAAAAACUACAUAUACGUACUAUUCCCCUUGGAGAAGCACCCAGACGAAUUGCACAUCAAGAGACAAGCAAGUCAUUUGGUGUAAUUACAAUGAGAAUAGAUGUCCAUGAAGGAAUUAAUUUAGUUCCUGCUAGACCUAGUGCUAGUACUAGUGCUCAGAAUGUUUCUGGUGUAAUUAAUCAUCGAAUACCUAACAAUUCAUCAGCUGUAAAUAGUAAUCAAGGACCAUUAAGUAUAGGAAGUAGUGAAUAUGGUCUAGAAGUUGAAAUUCACAAUAUGCUAGUACUGGAUCAAAAUACUUUUGAAGUAUUACAUGCGCAUCAGUUAAAUUCCAAUGAGUAUGCAUUGAGUAUCAUAUCAGCUAAAUUAGGUGAUGAUCCAAUUACAUAUUAUAUAUUGGGAACGGCUGUUGUAAACCCUGAAGAUCAAGAUCCCAAAUUGGGACGUAUUCUUAUAUUCCACUGGGAUGAUUCAAUAUCAAAACUAAUACCAAUUACAGAAAAAGAAGUAAAAGGUGCAUGUUAUGGUAUGGCAGAAUUCAAUGGCAAACUUUUAGCUGCAGUUAAUUGUACAGUACGUUUAUUUGAAUGGACAGCUGAAAAGGAAUUGCGACUUGAAUGUAGUCACUUUAAUAAUAUUGUAGCACUGUUUGUGAAAACAAAAGGUGACUUUAUUGUUUGUGGUGAUUUGAUGAGAUCAUUAACAUUGCUGCAGUACAAAACUAUGGAAGGCAGUUUUGAAGAAAUAGCUAGAGACUACAAUCCAAAAUGGUCAACAGCUAUAGAAAUUAUUGAUGAUGAUGUAUUCUUAGGAGCUGAAAAUGAUAAAAAUUUGUUUGUCAUACACAAAGAUAGUACUUUAACAAGUGAUGAAGCUCGGCAUCAACUUCAAGAAAUUGGUCAAUUCCACCUGGGUGAUUUGGUAAAUGUUUUCAGGCAUGGUUCAUUAGUAAUGCAACAUUUUACUGACACAUAUGUAUCAGUUCAAGGAGGAAUCCUUUAUGGUACAUGUAGUGGAGCUCUAGGAUUGGUUACACAAUUGACUCCGAAAAUGUUUGAUUUUUUAUCGGACUUAGAAAGAAGUUUAGCUUCUGUAAUAAAAGGAGUAGGUAAAAUUAAACAUCAAUUUUGGCGUAGCUAUCACACAGAAAUAAGAACUGAACCGUCUGAAGCAUUUGUUGAUGGAGAUUUGAUUGAAAGCUUUUUAGAUUUGUCCAAAUCCGAUAUGCUUGCUGUUGUCGAAGGACUUAAGGGUUCAUAUGACAGCCAGUUUAAGAAAAUUACAAAAGAGUCUAAAAUUGGAUUGGAUGAUGUUAUUAAACUCGUUGAAGACUUAACCAGAAUACAUUAAUUAAAUUAUACUUUGCCAUUUUUUUUGUAUUAUUUUUAAUGAUGCAUUUCGUACUGGAAUGUGAUUUUUGCUUAUGUACAAAUUAUGUAUUAUAAUUUUUUUUAAUUAAGAAUAUAAGAAUAAUU